AUGCUGGAGGAGGACUCCGUCAGUGCUGCUAGCGAGGAGGAGGACUCCAUCAGUGCUGCUCGUGAGGAGAAGGACUCCAUCAGUGCUGCUCGUGAGGAGGAGGACUCCACCAGUGCUGCUCGUGAGGAGAAGGACUCCAUCAGUGCUGCUCGUGAGGAGAAGGACUCCAUCAGUGCUUCUCGUGAGGAGAAGGACUCCAUCAGUGCUGCUCGUGAGGAGGAGGAGGACUCCAUCAGUGCUGCUUGUGAGGAGGAGGACUCCAUCAGUGCUGCUCGUGAGGAGGAGGACUCCAUCAGUGCUCCAUGUGAGGAGGAGGACUCCAUCAGUGCUGCUCGUGAGGAGGAGGAGGACUCCAUCAGUGCUGCUCGUGAGGAGAAGGACUCCAUCAGUGCUGCUCGUGAGGAGAAGGACUCCAUCAGUGCUGCUCGUGAGGAGGAGGAGGACUCCAUCAGUGCUGCUAGCGAGGAGGAGGACUCCAUCAGUGCUGCUCGUGAGGAGGAGGACUCCAUCAGUGCUCCUUGUGAGGAGGAGGACUCCAUCAGUGCUGCUCGUGAGGAGGAGGAGGACUCCAUCAGUGCUGCUAGCGAGGAGGAGGACUCCAUCAGUGCUGCUCGUGAGGAGGAGGACUCCAUCAGUGCUGCUCGUGAGGAGAAGGACUCCAUCAGUGCUGCUGGUGAGGAGGAGGAGGACUCCAUCAGUGCUGCUCGUGAGGAGAAGGACUCCAUCAGUGCUGCUCGUGAGGAGAAGAACUCCAUCAGUGCUGCUCGUGAGGAGGAGGACUCCACCAGUGCUGCUCGUGAGGAGAAGGACUCCAUCAGUGCUGCUCGUGAGGAGGAGGAGGACUCCAUCAGUGCUGCUAGCGAGGAGGAGGACUCCAUCAGUGCUGCUCGUGAGGAGGAGGACUCCAUCAGUGCUCCUUGUGAGGAGGAGGACUCCACCAGUGCUCCUUGUGAGGAGGAGGACUCCAUCAGUGCUCCUUGUGAGGAGGAGGAGGACUCCACCAGUGCUCCUUGUGAGGAGGAGGACUCCACCAGUGCUCCUUGUGAGGAGGAGGAGGACUCCAUCAGUGCUGCUCGUGAGGAGGAGGAGGACUCCAUCAGUGCUGCUAGCGAGGAGGAGGAGGACUCCAUCAGUGCUGCUAGCGAGGAGGAGGACUCCACCAGUGCUCCUUGUGAGGAGGAGGAGGACUCCACCAGUGCUGCUAGUGAGGAGGAGGACUCCAUCAGUGCUCCUUGUGAGGAGGAGGAGGACUCCAUCAGUGCUCCUUGUGAGGAGGAGGAGGACUCCAUCAGUGCUCCUUGUGAGGAGGAGGACUCCAUCAGUGCUCCUGGUGAGGAGGAGGACUCCAUAGAAACGUUAUACCUGCCUUAA